AUGGACAUCAAAGAUUUCGCGAGACUCCUUUUCCGCGCCAUCAGAUGUUCGGAUACAGAGUUGAUUGGCGAAAUCUUGAAGCACAAAGAGAGCAAGAAACUGAUGAAUUUCAAGGAUGAUCUGGGAAGAACGCCGAUUGAAUAUGCUGUUGUUUUGAGAGACAUUACAGUGAUUCAAGUUCUAUUUCAAGUUUGGCCGAUGCUUUAUUCUAGGGCGCUUUUGAAAGCGGUCGAUGUUGGGUCAAUCGAAGUUGUGAAAUAUCUCCUGGAAAAUGAGCAAAACAAAACAACGACUGUGGCUCAGAUAACCUUGGAAAUCAUCAAAUCCGAGCAAGCUUAUUCUCAAAUGAAAAUGACCCCUCUUCUUCUCGCCGCUCAGAAAAACUACUACGAGAUUCUUUCAAUUCUGCUCGAAAACGGCUGCAAUACGAUUCCAAGAACGCAUCGGGUCGGUUGUGGUUGCAAAGUUUGCAAGACGAAGACGGAAGAAGACUCACUAAGACUCAGUCGGUUCCGCUUAGAUGUGAAUAAAGCCCGUUGUUCUCCAGCAAUGCUCAUUUUGACUGAAAAGGACCCGAUUCAAGCAGCGUUCAAGCUGUCACACGAGUUCGACGAGCUGUCCAUGAUCGAAAUCGAGUUCCGGGAAGAGUAUCUGGAGCUGGUAAAGAUCGUCGACAAAUUCACAUUCGACCUGAUCAGCCACGCGCGAAGCAGCCACGAAAUGGAGGCGUUGCUCAAACUAAAUCACACAAAUCGCUACUCGCGGCUUGAGUUGUUCAAAAAAGCCUUGAAAUACAAGCAGGUGAAAUUUCUAAGCCAGGCGAACUGCCAACAGGUCAUCAAUCGAGUUUGGUACGGAGAGCUGUCGUAUUUAAUCUGUCAAUCGGGAUUGAUUCGGACUGCGUGUUGGUUCGUCCUCGGUCUUCUUUGGCCCCUCUGGUCCAUUGCUUAUCUCGUUGCCCCGAAUUCUGAGGCAGGGAAGAUGCUCAACAUUCCAAUCUUGCAGUUUGUCUGCUCACUUGCCUCCUACAUCACUUUUCUGCUUUUUAUUUCACUCACCCCAUUUUACCAUACGCGAGAAACUGCGGGCCCACCGUUCAACUGUCUUGACUGGCUGAUCAUCCUCUGGAUUAUUGGUCAACUUUGGCACGAUGCAAAGAACAUAUACUAUCACGGGCUCAAGCAAUACAUAGCUAGACAGGGCUCACUACUGUAUAUCACCUUCUUUGGCUCUUUCACGUUUUCUUAUGUAAUGAAAGCAUAUGCGUUCUAUCACUAUGGAUCUGAUACGACUCCCGUCAAAGAAUGCUCCAUCGUUGCGCUCAAGUGGUUCAUCUACUCGAAAGCGAAUAUUCCUCUGACGGAAAUCCCCGGUGUGGCAACCACCAAACACGUCACAUCGCUCAUGCUUGCCCUUUAUCAUAUGAUGGUGGUCGUCGUUGUUUCUAAACUGGUCAUUUCCGCUAUUCAAAGUACUUUGACAAAUGUACAGGAGGAACAGGAUCAAUCUUGGAAGGUAUCGCGAAUACAAGUGUUCAAAUAA